GAAAAAGAUUUUUCUCGAUAACUUUUAAUAUGAAGAUACGCUCCUGAUCUUCAUUCUCUUCAUUCUCUUCAUUCUGAUCUCCUCUCUUCUCCUACUCUCCCAUUUCCGCAUUACAAGUAGAUUGGUGAGAUCACUGAACAGUGACGAUUCCUUACGGGUCCCACGAACGGCUCCAGUUGAUGCUCACCAUUGCUCGGAAAUGCAGCUUUCUCCAUUUCUCUCCCACUCACAUUACUUAUUCAUUGAUAGAAAACACGCUCCUUGGUUCUACAAGCGGCUCCAAGGUAUCUGGGACCAAUUAAUUUUGUGUUCUCCGGUGUUACUUUCAAAUACAAUAAAGCCGUCUAUGCAUCGUUCUUAUCCACCACUCAUAUCCAAGACCAAUUAAUUUUGUAUUCUUGGAUUUUUAUUUCAAACAGGAAGGAACCGCUUUAGCACCUUCUUCAUCUGCCACAUUGGCGGAAGCGAAGAAUCGACUUCAUAUUCCCCUCCGACGCACAAACACAAACACAAAUCCUACCACGACAAGCUUCGAUACGAAUACUAGACAACACGCAUAUUCAAGGCAUUCAUCUGGAAAAGUGUCAUUGGACAAGGAGGAAACUUCAUACGAUGGAAGUACCAAUGACAAUGGCACAUCAUGGUCCCUUAACACCAGGGAAAAUCCAAAGUCAGUCGAAGCAAAAGGUUACACACAGUCCUCAAAACUAUUUACCACAGCCACGAGGGAAGAUUUUUUCUAUCUUUUCAUCCCAAUACAUACUCGGUUAUAAUGUCAUGAAUCCGGAUGAAUAUCCAAGAACAGGCCCACUUGUCAUGGAGCGAGAAUGUCCUGCCGGGUUAAACUGCAAAGAUCGAAGACGUUGGAAUCACCAGAAAAAGCACUUCACAAAGUUGGUAUAAUGGCAGACAGAAUGGCUCAGAUUCUCUAAAGAUGAAGAAAAUUCGGUCGAAGCUGCUGCUGAUGAUGAGUCACAAGAGGUAGACUUCAUUGGAUUUUCAGGUGGUAUUGACGAGGAGCCUUUCGGGAUUCCUCGAAUCAAGAAACGUCGAACAACAAAAGAUACUUCUAGUGAAGUUGAGGAUUUUGGUGAAGUUACAGGCCAUCAGAGACUUACUGGUGUCCGUGGAGUCCCAUUCUCACCUGUGGUUGAGCCUGUUCUCUCUCUUGUCGAGAAAGAUUCAUCUCGGGAUCAAAAGCUCCGUGUGAGAUCAGCGCCCAUGACUUCCAAGAGUAAAGCUUCAAGAUAUGCACAUCUAAAAACAAGAGCCUCAUCUCUCGGAACCUUGAGUAUCAGGUCAAAGAAUGUUCGUCUGAGACUGCGCGUUCAGAGACAACAGGAACGAUCGAAUUCAAGUUCCCACCGAGCUACGCCUCCAAAACCAUCGCAAGGCAAUACCAGACGUCCCAAUGCCGAUAAAUCUUCUUCAAAAGAUGCUUCUACUCAAACCAUUCUUUCCCACUCUUCGGUAGCGUCGAUUCUUCAGGAAAAGCGACUCAAAAAUCUUCAGAAGAUGGCAGAGAAAGCUUGCUCUCAAUGUCUCAACCUCAGAUACAACAUUCGAAUCAAGAUAGAGUUACUAUCGAGGUCUCAUCGCCGUGCAGAGGUGGAUGUGGUAUUCCUACUUCAUCCAACGUUGCACAUUUCAAUCCAACUCUUGCCACGGCAUUUCAAUCAUCUACCGUUGGCUCUUGUGCAAUGAGUGCUGCUUCACCUUCAAAGAUUCUUCCAGCAAAGCCUAUGGCUCCUUUUCCAGCAGUUGGUCAACCCCCGUCUGCCGAUAUGUCUGCUGUAGCUUCUUCAACAAGAACUUUACUUAUCGGUUCAAGUCUUUCUGUAGCACUAUCAUCAACUAUCAAUGUUGGAGUCGCACUUGAUGGUCGUCUGGGAUCCAAAUUUCCAGCAGAAGUUCAAUUUGUCAAUCCAAUCACUGUUACAAUACUCAAAAUGCCUGUUGAUCCUCCCGCUUUCACAUCAAAUACACCUAUGCAAGUAGAGCCUCACUUUUUGGUAGAUGAAACUAUCAAUAAAAUCAUUGAUGCUGACAAUCUUUCUAUGUUCAACACCUUGGGCCAUGAUCCAUGUCCGCGUGCAAAAUUAUUGGAGCUUCAAAGAAUGUAUCUACAUCAUCUAGAUUUAACAUAUCUUGCCAUUGUUUCAGGUGAUUUGAAACUUUCUAACUAUCCUGACCUUGAAUUGGGAGGACUCGACCUUCUCGUUGAAGAUGGCAUUCAUCUUGAUUAGGUCACUCCCUCGAUUUAUCCAAAAAAAAAACUUUCGAAUUUACCACCGGAAAAUAAUUGAGAAGCUCAAUCUCUCGAUGUAAACCGCCGUUUUGAUCAUACAAUUUCUCAGCUUCAUCAAUAUUUAUUUACUCCGAUGUUCGACAGCAAAUCCGCUCAGGCUCAGGAAUAUUUGUCAAUCCUCAAUGUCUCCUUUCAGGUGAGACAAUAGAAUGAUCUCUGAGGCUCAACAUGAGAGUAAAUCUGAAGUGUUGUGUUUUCGCUUCGAAAUUUGUUGCAUAUCUGUAGGGAAGGGGAGGGCGGGGUAGCUACAAAUCGUUGGGCGUGAAUUUUCUGGACCUCAAGGUUGGUUCUCAGUGGCUUAAAAGUGUACCUUAUAUAAAAACAGCGGGAUAUAUCAGGUAUCUGAGAUCAAUUGAUUUUGUGUUCUCUGAUUUUACUUUCAAGUACGAAGGGACUGUUAUUUCACUAUUUUCACACAUCACAUAAUGAAGGAA